AUUUAGAGAGGUCUCAAAGUAAAAAAUAGGUCAUAGUUGAUUCACCUCUUAACUAAUUUACAAAUGAAUAAUUUAUGUACUAGGAUAACAAAGUUAAUGUCGUCACAGGAACAAAUAUUUAAAAUUCUGAGACAAUACAAAGAAUAUUUUUUCAUAACAGAUAGAAAUAUUACAAAAUAUUAGAUCUAAAAAUAUACAAAGCAAUAUGAUUCAAAAACCCGGAAAAAGUCUAUUAAUAUCAAAAGAAAAAAACAUUGAAUUUUACAUGUGUACAGGUAUAAUUUAAUAUAAAAUCUAUUAAGUAUGCUCUUACCGAAUGAAAAAAGAAAAAUAGUUCUCUAAUUGAUUAUCUCUUAUUUCAUCGUUUAAGUAUAUAAGCCCGAAGAAAUCCAUAAAGCCAUAAUAACAUCCCAUGUUAAUCAUUUCAUUCUCUAAGGAUCACCGGCUAAACAUAGGCAGCUCUACCUAGCUGAAAAAAAUGAUACAAUUAAUAAUAUUUCUCAUAUAUACUGUUAAAAUGAAAACAUAUUUUAAUACAUUUGGCUUAGCAAAAAUUAUUACUCUUACUAUUAUUUUUAACCAAGAACGAUACUUUGUUUUCUCAGCACCAUCCACUAUUCCUACAACUUUUACCUUCUCCACAGUUAUGACACCGGCAGCUUCAAGUACCACUCCUACGACACAAACGGUGAAUCCAACAGUAUCUUCUGGUCCAUCCACUGGCAAUCCUUCAACAGUGAUAACACCAGGUGCAUCAAGCACAGCUCCUGCGACACAAACGGUGAAUCCAACAGUAUCUUCUGGUCCAUCCACUGGCAAUCCUUCAACAGUGAUAACACCAGGUGCAUCAAGCACAGCUCCAGCGACACAAACAGUCAAUCCAACAGGUUCUACUGGUCAAUCCACUGGCAAUCCUUCAACAGUGAUAACACCAGGUGCAUCAAGCACAGCUCCUGCGACACAAACAGUCAAUCCAACAGGUUCUACUGGUCCAUCCACUGGCAAUCCUUCAACAGUGAUAACACCAGGUGCAUCAAGUACCGCUCCUGCGACACAAACAGUCCAUCCAACAGUAUCUUCUGGUCCAUCCACUGGCAAUCCUUCAACAGUGAUAACACCAGGUGCAUCAAGCACAGCUCCAGCGACACAAACAGUCAAUCCAACAGGUUCUACUGGUCAAUCCACUGGCAAUCCUUCAACAGUGAUAACACCAGGAGCAUCAAGUACCGCUCCUGCGACACAAACAGUCAAUCCAACAGGUUCUACUGGUCAAUCCACUGGCAAUCCUUCAACAGUGAUAACACCAGGUGCAUCAAGCACAGCUCCAGCGACACAAACGGUGAAUCCAACAUUAUCUUCUGGUCCAUCCACUGGCAAUCCUUCAACAGUGAUAACACCAGGUGCAUCAAGCACAGCUCCAGCGACACAAACGGUGAAUCCAACAUUAUCUUCUGGUCCAUCCACUGGCAAUCCUUCAACAGUGAUAACACCAGGUGCAUCAAGCACAGCUCCAGCGACACAAACAGUCAAUCCAACAGGUUCUACUGGUCAAUCCACUGGCAAUCCUUCAACAGUGAUAACACCAGGAGCAUCAAGUACCGCUCCUGCGACACAAACAGUCAAUCCAACAGGUUCUACUGGUCAAUCCACUGGCAAUCCUUCAACAGUGAUAACACCAGGUGCAUCAAGCACAGCUCCAGCGACACAAACGGUGAAUCCAACAUUAUCUUCUGGUCCAUCCACUGGCAAUCCUUCAACAGUGAUAACACCAGGUGCAUCAAGCACAGCUCCUGCGACACAAACGGUGAAUCCAACAUUAUCUUCUGGUCCAUCCACUGGCAAUCCUUCAACAGUGAUAACACCAGGUGCAUCAAGUACCGCUCCUGCGACACAAACAGUCCAUCCAACAGUAUCUUCUGGUCCAUCCACUGGCAAUCCUUCAACAGUGAUAACACCAGGUGCAUCAAGCACAGCUCCAGCGACACAAACAGUCAAUCCAACAGGUUCUACUGGUCAAUCCACUGGCAAUCCUUCAACAGUGAUAACACCAGGAGCAUCAAGUACCGCUCCUGCGACACAAACAGUCAAUCCAACAGGUUCUACUGGUCAAUCCACUGGCAAUCCUUCAAUAGUGAUAACACCAGGUGCAUCAAGCACAGCUCCUGCGACACAAACAGUCAAUCCAACAAGUUCUACUGGUCAAUCCACUGGCAAUCCUUCAAUAGUGAUAACACCAGGUGCAUCAAGCACAGCUCCUGCGACACAAACAGUCAAUCCAACAAGUUCUACUGGUCAAUCCACUGGCAAUCCUUCAACAGUGAUAACGCCAGGUGCAUCAAGCACAGCUCCAGCGACACAAACGGUGAAUCCAACAUUAUCUUCUGGUCCAUCCACUGGCAAUCCUUCAACAGUGAUAACACCAGGUGCAUCAAGUACCGCUCCUGCGACACAAACAGUCCAUCCAACAGUAUCUUCUGGUCCAUCCACUGGCAAUCCUUCAACAGUGAUAACACCAGGUGCAUCAAGCACAGCUCCAGCGACACAAACAGUCAAUCCAACAGGUUCUACUGGUCAAUCCACUGGCAAUCCUUCAACAGUGAUAACACCAGGAGCAUCAAGUACCGCUCCUGCGACACAAACAGUCAAUCCAACAGGUUCUACUGGUCAAUCCACUGGCAAUCCUUCAACAGUGAUAACACCAGGUGCAUCAAGCACAGCUCCUGCCACACAAACAGUCAAUCCAACAGGUUCUACUGGUCCAUCCACUGGCAAUCCUUCAACAGUGAUAACACCAGGUGCAUCAAGCACAGCUCCUGCGACACAAACAGUCAAUCCAACAGGUUCUACUGGUCCAUCCACUGGCAAUCCUUCAACAGUGAUAACACCAGGUGCAUCAAGUACCGCUCCUGCGACACAAACAGUCCAUCCAACAGUAUCUUCUGGUCCAUCCACUGGCAAUCCUUCAACAGUGAUAACACCAGGUGCAUCAAGCACAGCUCCAGCGACACAAACAGUCAAUCCAACAGGUUCUACUGGUCAAUCCACUGGCAAUCCUUCAACAGUGAUAACACCAGGAGCAUCAAGUACCGCUCCUGCGACACAAACAGUCAAUCCAACAGGUUCUACUGGUCAAUCCACUGGCAAUCCUUCAAUAGUGAUAACACCAGGUGCAUCAAGCACAGCUCCUGCGACACAAACAGUCAAUCCAACAAGUUCUACUGGUCAAUCCACUGGCAAUCCUUCAACAGUGAUAACACCAGGUGCAUCAAGCACAGCUCCAGCGACACAAACGGUGAAUCCAACAGUAUCUUCUGGUCCAUCCACUGGCAAUCCUUCAACAGUGAUAACGCCAGGUGCAUCAAGCACAGCUCCAGCGACACAAACAGUCAAUCCAACAGUAUCUUCUGGUCCAUCCACUGGCAAUCCUUCAACAGUGAUAACACCAGGUGCAUCAAGCACAGCUCCUGCGACACAAACAGUCAAUCCAACAGGUUCUACUGGUCAAUCCACUGGCAAUCCUUCAACAGUGAUAACACUAGGAGCAUCAAGCACAGCUCCUGCGACACAAACAGUCAAUCCAACAGGUUCUACUGGUCAAUCCACUGGCAAUCCUUCAACAGUGAUAACGCCAGGUGCAUCAAGCACAGCUCCUGCGACACAAACAGUCCAUCCAACAGUAUCUUCUGGUCCAUCCACUGGCAAUCCUUCAACAGUGAUAACACCAGGUGCAUCAAGCACAGCUCCAGCGACACAAACGGUGAAUCCAACAGUAUCUUCUGGUCCAUCCACUGGCAAUCCUUCAACAGUGAUAACACCAGGUGCAUCAAGCACAGCUCCUGCGACACAAACAGUCAAUCCAACAGGUUCUACUGGUCAAUCCACUGGCAAUCCUUCAAUAGUGAUAACACCAGGUGCAUCAAGCACAGCUCCUGCGACACAAACAGUCAAUCCAACAAGUUCUACUGGUCAAUCCACUGGCAAUCCUUCAACAGUGAUAACGCCAGGUGCAUCAAGCACAGCUCCAGCGACACAAACGGUGAAUCCAACAGUAUCUUCUGGUCCAUCCACUGGUAAUCCUUCAACAGUGAUAACACCAGGAGCAUCAAGUACUGCUCCUGCGACACAAACAGUCAAUCCAACAGGUUCUACUGGUCAAUCCACUGGCAAUCCUUCAACAGUGAUAACGCCAGGUGCAUCAAGCACAGCUCCUGCGACACAAACGUUGAAUCCAACAGUAUCUUCUGGUCCAUCCACUGGCAAUCCUUCAACAGUGAUAACACCAGGUGCAUCAAGCACAGCUCCAGCGACACAAACAGUCAAUCCAACAGUAUCUUCUGGUCCAUCCACUGGCAAUCCUUCAACAGUGAUAACACCAGGUGCAUCAAGUACCGCUCCUGCGACACAAACAGUCAAUCCAACAGGUUCUACUGGUCAAUCCACUAGCAAUCCUUCAACAGUGAUAACACCAGGAGCAUCAAGUACCGCUCCUGCGACACAAACGGUGAAUCCAACAGGUUCUGCUGGUUCAUCAACUUUUUAUCCAACAACAAUAGUGACACCUAGUGCAUCAAGCACUGCUUCUGUUACACAAACUGUAAAUCCAAGUAACAGUCCAAUAUCUUUGCUUGUUACGCCUGGACCCACAGAAAUUUUGAAUGCCUUACCGACAAUUUAUAUUUUACGGGAAAGAUCUGUGAAAUCUGUAACUAAUGUGUUAAUUACUAUUUAUAGCCAAAGUAAAAUUCAUUGUGCGGUUACCUGUAAAAUGCUUGACCAAUGUAAAUCUUUUAAUUUUAAAGUUGAUGCUUAUUGUGAUUUGUAUAGUUUAAACAAGUUAACGAAUUAUACUUCUGUUGGUGUUAAGAAUUUAUUUUAUUCAUCGUUGUAG